UCGUUGGCUCAACGUGACGGGAGCCCAUAGGUGUCCCGGAAUUAUGCACAACCGCCGGCGUGCGCUUGUCCCUGCGUGCGAGAUCUCGUUCCCAUCCGAAUCCGACCGAGACGGUGGGCGGGGCCGUCGGGCCAGUGGGCGGGGCCCACGGUUUCGGGGCCCGGGAGGAAUCCCGGGCAGCUGCCCGCGGGCAGGCCAUGCCCGUAUAAAGCCAGGGGUAUUCGCCGGGGCAACGCAGUUUGCCGCUCUCGGCACCUCCUCUCGCCCGGGCAGCUGCUUCCAUCCCCCGCUUUCAGAUUUCUAGACACUCGACAGAAAUGGCUUCCAACUACGUGGACACCACGGGGGAGGAGGGGAGGUUCCACACCCACGGCCACCACAGCAACAGCACCACGCCGACCGGUGAGGCAGCGUCGCCCAAGAAUACACGGAGGAGGUGGCCCGGGUCGGCGUCGGCGCCGUCCGGCGCAGGCCACGGGCCUGCUUCCAAGUGCGUCUGCGCGCCGGCCACCCACGUCGGGUCCUUCAAGUGCCGUUUCCACCGCACCAACUCUCAGGGCCACGGCCACGGCCAGGGCCAGGGAAGCCGCCCUUCUUCGCCUCCUUCACCGGCCGCGGCCAACGCAGUGCCGCGGCACCCGGCCUCGCCGUCCUCGUCCUCCGGCACCGUCGCGACCCAGUGACGUGACCCAAGUAUCAGCCUCGAAAAUCAAGAACGCUCGACAACAGAGAGGGACGGGAAGGUCAUAUACAUGUCAUAAGAAAGGGAGUUUAUUUACUGCUCCCUCGAUGUAUUGUGUCAAUUGGAGAACUCUUGUUUUCUCUCUCCCCCCUCCCCCCACACCCACCCCGUCUUUUGUUGGGAUCUCCCUUGGAUCGAAUGGACUUUCCUCUCCAUGAAAGGAAAUUAUCCUGCUUGCCUGCUUCUCCCCACCCUUCAUUUGAGAUGGAGUCAUAUUGGUCAGAGUAUGAGCUUGUGUGGCGCUCUCUUGUGAUUACCUUUUCAGUUAAAUCCAUGCUUCUUGCCUGAUUUAA